AUGGCGAGCGCUCGGGGCUCGCGCCGCGCCCCGCGGAGGCCGCCCACCUGGGAGAUCUCGGAUUCGGACACCGAGGGUCCCGCCGGGGCAGAGGCCAGCACGGGGGCGCGGGCUCCGCCGGCCAGGGCGCUGCGGCCGGAGCAGGCCCUGAGGCGCCUGGCGGUGGGCGUCGACCCAGCUCUCCUGGAGGACCCGGGCGCGGACGUGCUGCUGGAGGCGCUGGGCGCCCUGGGCUGUCAGUGCCUCCUCGAGCCGCAGCGCCGCGCGCGGAGCCUGCGCUGGAGCGGAGCGGCACUGGACCCCUGCCCGCGCGGCGAGCUUCCGGAGGAGCAGGAGCUGCUACUGCUGGAGCCUGAGGAGUUUGUGCAGGGGGUGGCCGGGCUGCUGCAGGCCUCUGGCCCCCUCUGCUCCGUGCCUUGGAUCUCCGCCCAGAGCACCGCCCGCCAGCACCUGGCUGUCAUCGGACUGGACGCUUACCUGUGGUGUCGCCAGUCCAGUGCAAAGACGACCGAGACCACACAGAAUCCAGUGCCCAUCAGCAGGCGUGAGGUGCAGGAGGUGAGGGCCACGCAGCCGGCGGCGAUGGAGGCGGGGGCAGCUCAUCCUGUGGCUCACGCCCUUGCUGUGCCCAACCCCCGCCAGGCACUGGUCCACCUGCAGCUCUGGGCGGACCUGGACGUGCUCCUGGUGACCUCGUGGCAGGAGCUGAGUCAGCACGUGUGCGCCAUCACUCGAGCCUUGGCCCAGCAACCGAUCAGGUGGCACCGAGAAUGCCAAUCCUUCUCCUUCUGUACCACGGGGCGCUGGGCUGCAGGCGUGCGGGUCACCAGAGAUGGCCACGGGCUGCGAGAGGCCUGGAGACGUCAGAUAAUGCAGUUCAACCGUGUCAGCCCCGCUGUGGCCGACUCUAUCGUGGCCGCCUUCCCUGCACCACGCCUUUUGCAGCAGGCACUGGCAGCCUGCACCAGUGAGCUGGAGCGCCAACACCUGCUGGCCGACCUGCCCGUGAAGGGCAGCACCCGUGGGCGGCCCCGCAGGGUGGGGCCUGACCUCGCUCGGCGGCUCUGCCUCUUCGUGAGCACAGCGGACCCAAACCUCUUGCUGGAUCUGGGCUCCUGACCACUGCUGUGGCUCCUGGGGACCCCGAGGGCUGCGGAGGUAGCAGAGAUGGUGCCCGCGUG